AUGGGGAAAGCAAGACAAUGGAAAAACGGAGGUCCAGAAGAUACCAUGCUCAAUAAACUUAUGAAACAAGGAAAAGUAAAUAAAUUUUCCAAACCGGCCGAUUUGCAAAAGACGAUUCCGGAAGUAUUUGGCUCGUUCACUUCCCAAGUUAUACGAAACCAUCUGAAUAUGAACAAACGAGUGAACGGUCUAUAUUUGGACGGACACUCCGAAUCCGAUGAGGACAAAGAACCCAAUAAUGAUGUUGAACAAACUCCGGAGAGUUCCAGUCGUCCGAGUGACGAUGUCAAGAUGGACAGUACCGGAGCCAAUACCUCGCAUUUGAAUUAUCCAUCAUUAACGAAGGAAUUCGAAUGCCCUGACACUGGAAAACAGAAAGUGUUGACUGUCGUUACAUUGCCCGGUGGCGUUAAAUACUUAACCGUCGAAUUGAAUGACGCUGGAACAACUUUCUUCGUGAAAUAUAUUAGGCCAAAAACAACGUUUACUGUAAACGAUUUAUUUAAGACCCGGUUGGAUAACGGUGAAUUUACCACAUAUCAUCCCAUGUUGGCAUGCUUCAAGUCAGCAUUGGCUGGCGUACGGAAAAGAAUUGAUUUGGCUCCGGAUGGUGCAAUCAAAGUUGCAUUACCGUUUAAGGUACAGACGACAGUUGAUUCGUGGACAAAAUGGGGUGUGAAACGCGACGACGGCUCGCAGGUUUUAGUAGCUGUUUUCUCAGGGGUUUGGUGGAUGUUAGCAUUUGCAUUGGCUCUGCUUUGUUGUGGUUACUCAAUUCAAAGUGUCUAUAUUAAGUGGUAUAGAAGUCCCAUUAUUGCAAGUUUUGGUGAGAGAUUAACACGAGUAUGGGAAAUACCAUUUCCAGCUGUGACAAUCUGCCCCGAAACUAAAGCCAAUAUGUCACAACUAAAUUUUACUCAUGUAUAUCACCAAAUAGCAGCCACGCAGAAGCCUCCAUUUAACAUUACUGACGAGGAGGACGAAUUAAUGGCGGCUGUGGUUCAAAUUUGUGAAUCACAUUUAACAGAACAUUUCGAUUUCGGUACAAAUUUUACGAAUAGCUCGAUAACAGACUUACUAAGAGAUACUGCUCCUAGUUCUUUCGACACAUUGUAUAUCUGCAAAUUCAGAAACUUGGUUGACUACUGCCAGAACUUUGAAGAAAUUAUGACCGAAGAAGGGCUAUGCUUUACUUUCAACACACUGAAUGGUUCGGAGCUAUUUACUGAAGACCUAAGUCCCGAUUACACGCGAAUCGACCACAAUAUGUCUGCAAUUUUUUGGAACCUAGAAGAUGGAUAUGACACUUCGUUCGAAAUAGACCCACAAACAUAUCCGUACCGCAUAUUUGGUUCUGGUCAACAAUUCGGUCUUUUCGUUCUGUUGGCAUUGUACGAACAAAAUUUGGAAUAUAUCUGUCGUGGUCCGGUACAAGGAUUCAAAAUUGUAUUACACACACCCGGUGAAGUCCCGCAGGUGUCGAAACACUAUUUCAGGGUGACGUUGCAUCAGGAGGUGUUGGUGUCAGUAAAGCCAAACAUGAUAACUACAUCGGAAGAACUGAGACAUUAUGAACCGAACAGGCGACAGUGCUACUUUGCAUCGGAACGAAAGCUGCGCUUUUUGAAAGUGUACACUCAAAGAAACUGCGAGUUGGAAUGUCUAGCGAACUUCACAUUGCAGGCAUGUGGAUGUGUGAAAUUCUCCAUGCCAAGGGAUAAGGAUACACCAAUCUGCGGAGCUGCGAAAAUCGCUUGUUACAAUGCAGCAGAAGACAAAUUGUUAAAGGAACAAUUUACGGAAGGAUUGACCCUUGAGCCUGGCGCUGAAAGAGUGAAAGCCUGCAAUUGUUUACCUGCUUGCACUUCGAUAACAUAUGAUGCGGAAAUUUCACAAGGUUCAUUUGAUUGGGUGUCUUGGUUUAAUGCUUACAGCAGUCCUUUGGACGAAUUUCCAGGUUUGCAACCCGCUCGAUUGUCGAUCUUUUUCAAAGAAAGUCAGUUCAUCGCAUCGAAACGUAUGUAUGGCCCAACUGAAUUGUAUGGUCCAAUUGAUUUUCUGGCGAAUUGCGGUGGUUUGCUUGGACUUUUCAUGGGUGCGUCAUUUUUGAGCAUUGUCGAGCUGCUGUACUUUGUCUCAUUGCGAUUGUUUUGUAAUUUACGUUCGCGCAUGAAUCGAAAGAAAGAAAUUGCUGAUUCAGCGGGACCAGGAAUCGUUGUCGUAAAGCCAAAUUCCGACGAUAACGAGGAGUAG